AUGAGCUCCAACCAAGCCAAACCCGAACAUAAAAGCCAAACAAAGACCUCGUACAAGAAAACGGCUUUAGUGAGAUCACGAGAUAGUCGAGGCCGGUUUAUUUCUACCAAACCAGAUGCUCAAAGGGUCACCAGAUCAGCUGCUCGACAGGCCACCACACCAGUUGCUCGACAGAUCGCCAAAUCAGCUUCUCGACAGGUCGAUAUACCUCCGAAGCUUAAGCUGCUUCCUCCAAACGUACGAACGAGGAUUUACGAGUAUACGCUGACCACCAAAACGCAACUCACUCUCUACGCCUACCCAUUACCAGACAUCCAAGGCCCCUACCUGAUGAUCACCGAGAAGGGGGAAGAUAACAAACGAGGGAAAGUCUUCAACCAACUGAAGUUCGUGAACAAGUUCUUCUUCAAAGAGACCCGUGACUUGGAGCUCAAGUGGAACUACAUCUUGUUCCGAUGCAAAGAGACGGAGGCGAACAAGCUGUACAACUGUCUGCUCGCCCUCGAAAUGCGGGGAGAGCUGUCCUGGCCCCAACGUAUCGUGGUGUCGCCAGCUUACUGGCACGAACAGAGAAUACCUAUGCCACUCGAUUGUUUCCACAUGUGCGUGUGUGCUUUCGAUACAGUGUGCUUGCUGUACCCAGGGGUGAAUUUCGCCUUCUACUACAACAUGAAUCCUCGGCCGUAUGUUGUCGAUGAGUACUACAUCAUAGUACUCAUCUGCGAGGCGAUAUAUUUCCGAUACCACCUCUACAACAAGUUCUACAAUGGUCCGGACCUGGGACCGUCCAUUGUGAGGUUCGUUGAGCGCCAUCUCAAUAACUGGAUGGCUUCGUGUAUCCCGGAGGGUUGCUUCACUGGCCAUCAUGUAGCUCUCCGAGCUCAAAAUGUGCGGUACCUGUUCGAUGCACCGGAACUGACGACUGAGAAGUUCCUGGCCGCUUUUGGUACCGAAGCACCUAGCGAUCAGGAGCCGGAGAGGUGGGCGAGGUCGAUGGUCGCGUGGAUCAAAGAUGAACCUUGACAGUCU